AUGAAUAACAUCGUUGGGACAAAAACGUUUCAUUGUUUAUAUUUACUACGAUAUACUUACAUUCAUUAUCAAUGUAUCUAUCUUUCUAUCUAUCUAUCUGACUGUUCCAUUUUAUACCUACCCACCUACCUACCUAUCUAUCUAUCUAUCUAUCUAUCUAUCUAUCUAUCUAUCUAUCUAUCUAUCUAUCUAUCUAUCUCUAUUCAAUACUAUCUAUUUCUCUCUCUCUUUCUCUCUCUAUAUAUUCUUUAUUUCUUUCUUCCUUUUUUCAUUAAUUCUUUCGUUAAUUCCGCGGCUGUCGAAUUUCUUUAUUUUUUUCUAUCUAUCUAUCUAUCUAUCUAUCUAUCUAUCUAUCUAUCUAUCUAUCUAUCUAUCUAUCUAUCUAUCUAUCCUUGGCUAUUCAUUUACUAUAAAUAUAUAAUCAUUUUCUUUCUUUCUUUCUUUCUUUCUUUCUUUCUUUAUUUAUUUAUUUAUUUUUUCUUUCUUUCUUACUAUCUAUCUAUCUAUCUAUCUAUCUAUCUAUCUAUCUAUCUAUCUAUCUAUCUAUCUAUCUAUCUAUCGCUGUUCCAUUACUAUCUAUGCAUAUACCUAUCUAUAUAUGGCUGCUUAUCUAUCUAUCUAUCUAUCUAUCUAUCUAUCUAUCUAUCUAUCUAUUACUAUGUAUGCACGUAUGUAUGUAUCUAUCUAUCCAUCUAUCUAUCUAUUGCUGUUCCAUUACAAUCUAUGUAUGUAUGUAUGUAUGUACGUAUGUAUGUAUCUAUCUAUCUAUCUAUCUAUCUAUCUAUCUUUUUUUUACUCAACCUAUCUAUCAAUCCGAAUACGUUCUUUAUCUAUCAUUGGUCAAUCAGUAACGUUGUACGAUAUUAUCUAUCUGAAACUCUUAUCUAUCUAUCUAUCUAUCUAUCUAUCUAUCUAUCUAUCUAUCUAUCUAUCUCAGUCUCUUAUCUAUCUGAAAAUCUAAUCUCUCUAUCUCUUUUAUCUGUCUCUUCUAUCUAUCUAUCUAUCUAUCUAUCUAUCUAUCUAUCUAUCUAUCUAGCUGCCUGUAUGCCUGUCAGUCUGUCUGUCUGUCUCUUUUAUUUAUGUGCGCCAUUCUAUCAUCACAUUGCUUUACGCCUAUCUUUGAAACCUUAUCCAGAACAUCGUUGUGACUUUUGUUCCAAAUGA